CUUGUUUUAUUUAUUUUAUUUUAUUUUUUUAUUUUUUAAUUUUAUUUUUUUUUUUUUCGUAUAUAUUAUAUAUAAUUUAAAUGAAAUUCGCCGAGCAACUUCAAAAAGGUAUUUUUGCCCCAUGGCGUUUAUCUUAUAUCAAUUACAACGUAUUAAAAACUGAGCUCAAGGCGAGACAACUUGAUCAUGGCUGGACUGAUCAAGAUGAGAAGGAUUUUAUUAAUCUAUUAGAGAAUGAAUUGGAAAAGGUAUAUGAUUUUAUAACCGCUAAACUUGGAGAGGUUGAGGCUAGAAUUAGUUAUUGUGAAAGAACUUUACAAACUUUCAUGAAUAACCCUUCUUGGUCAUCUGAACAAAACUGGAAUAUCAUGGAUGAUGCUCUUACCGAAGUUCUUUUCGACGUGAAUGAUCUUGCUAAAUUUACUCGUUUAAAUUAUAUUGGUUUCCAAAAGAUUCUUAAAAAACAUGAUAAAUGGACUGGUCUUCGUCUUCAACAAGAUUUUAUUCCUCAAUUGCGUUCUAAGCCUCUUGAUAAACAACGUUUUGAUGUAGCUAUUGUAUAUAUUUCUGCUUUACAUGACCUUUGUCGUCUUCAAGGUAAGCCUCGCUCUGGUAAUGCUGCUGCUGGUGGUGAUCAGAAUGCCUUUGAGCGUGCUACAGCCAAGUAUUGGAUUCAUCCGGAUAACGUGACUGAAGUUAAAUCGAUUAUCAUGUUACACCUUCCUGUAUUGAUUUUUAAUAAGGAUAAGAAAUAUGAAGCCUCUGAUUCUGCUAUCUCUAGUGUUUAUUAUGAUAAUGAAGACUUCGAGCUUUAUACUGGACGUCUUCAACGUGAUGAAGGUGCUGAAGCUAUCCGUUUCCGUUGGUAUGGUCCUAUGGAAUCUAAAAAUGUCUUUAUUGAACGUAAGACACAUCAUGCUUCAUGGUUAGAGGGUGCCUCAGUGAAGGAUCGUUUUAGACUUGAUUAUGAUGAUGUACAAAAGUUUGUUGAAUAUGAACUUACUCCUGAUGAAAUUACUGAACGUUUGAAGGCAAAGAGCGUAGAUGAGCAGAUCUGUAAGGAUACACAUUUUAUUGCUACUGGUGUUCAAAAAUCUUUGAAAGAAAAACGAUUGAAGCCUGUCCUUCGUGCCUUCUAUAAUCGUACAGCCUUCCAACUUCCCGGUGACCAACGUGUCAGAGUAAGUUUAGAUACUGAUUUAUGUUUCAUUCGUGAAGAUAAUAUGGGGGAUAAGGUACGCAGAAAGGAAAGUGAAUGGCGUCGUCCUGAUGUUGGUAUCGAUUAUCCUUUCCCAGACUUAGACGAAACUGAAAUUUGUCGUUUCCCAUAUGCAGUUCUAGAGACCAAGUUACAAACUCAUUUAGGUCAAGAACCUCCUGAGUGGUUAACAAAAUUAGUUGAUUCCCAUUUAGUUCAUGAAGUUCCUCGUUUCUCUAAAUAUCUUCAUGGUGCUUGUUACUUUUUCCGUGAACGUAUGCCCUUAUUACCUUGGUGGUUACCUGAAAUGGAUAUUGAUAUUCGUAAACCUCGUGCUACUAAUUUUGGUUUAACUCGUUCCAAAUCAUUUAAACCUCUUAUUGAUGGUAAAUAUCGUCGUGCUAUGGAAGACGAAGAACGUCGUUUAAAUAAUGUUGCAAAGACAGAAGCUGUUCCAGGUGUUAAAGUGAAUGUUAAUGAUGAUGAUAAAGAAUUUAACAAAACUACCAAACCUACACCAAAUACUGACCUCAAACGUCGUACACCAGCACUUUCAAAGCCUCAACAAAAAUAAAUAAUUUUAGAACCAUUUGUUAUAAUUCUAUAUAGAAAAGGGAAAAAAAAAAUAGUUUGCACUUUUUUUUUUCAUUUUUUUUUUUUUUUUUUU